AUGGACAGCAUAGGAUGGAUACGAAACGUGAGGCCUCAAAAUACUUCCAGUGGUAACUAAAGACCCUGCUGGAAAUAAGAAGCUAUGAUGGCCCUCGCCUCUCCCACCACCUCCAGUUAUCCUCUCCUCCCUGUUCUGAGGAGCAAUCCAUCCUCCAAUAUCCAUCCAUUCUUCUCUUUCAGACCCAUGUACUCUCCUCCCAGCCCAAACAUUCGAGCAAGGGUAGAUGUCUCGCCCUCGGUUUCCUUCAAUCCUUCUGGCAGUUUCGAUCUUUCUCUUACUGGAGAUGAUGAAGUCCCACAGGUUGCCCCUCCACUGCCCCCAACCGAAGGGCGCUUCGAAAUCAUCAUCAACAAUGAUGUUAUACGACGUCUUGACCUAUUACCGAUUCAAGCAUUAGCUGGAAAUAACUUUCACACAACAGGUGAUUCUCCACCAGAACCAAGAGAGCUUUUGGAGCACACAGUUGGCUUUACCAUCAAUUAUGAAAGAGAAGAUCCUUACGACACUCGAGAACUAUCAGAAAUCCCUGAUAUAAGGCUCUGGUUUGUGAGACUGGAUGCUUCUUAUCCAUGGUUCCCAGUGGUGCUGGACUGGAGAGCUGGAGAACUUGCAAGAUAUGCAGCAAUGCUGGUUCCUCAUCAGAUAAGUAUGAAACUUGGCAUUGUGUUCAAUCCUGAAGCUCUAGAAUUGUUUGUAAUGAAGAAGGCUUUUAUUGUGUACUCCUGGUUGAAGCAGCAAAAUAUUCCGAAGCCUAAGUUGAAGACAUGUGACAUGGCCAGAAUGCUUGGAUUUGGUUUAGGAGAUGAAUUAUUCGACUUGAUUGACCGACAUCCCCUUCGUCCAUCUUAAAUUUUGAAAUCUUACAACUCUGAAACGUGGAAUGUUAUGUGAAACGACUGGAGUUCUACAUGAACAAUCUUCAUUCUUGUGAAGUGCAUCACUGAAUGAAGAAUGGAUUUCAAUUCAAAGUCUAAAUGAAUCAGCAAAAAGUAACUGAGGACAGGGCAGACUAGAAGAAUACAUUAUUCACUACAUUCUUCAGAGUGAGGUGUUCCAAAGGUAGAAGAAUCUGAUCAAAUGCUUUGGCAAGGUGAUUGGAGUUACACUUCAUUCCAUAAAAUACCUGAUGUAUGUCAUGCACAUCAGAAGUAGAUAUGUUAAUUCUCGAAAUUCUUUCAAUAACAAGGGUACUGUAGAGUAUGUAAUGAUCAAGUUUGCCUUGGGGAACAAAGUAUUUUACUGAUGCCUGCCUUUGUUAGUUUUUAAUGUGCCAAGCAUGCACAGUAUGUUGUCAUUUUUUUUUCCCCUUCUUUGUCAGUCUAUAAAAAUGCUCAAGUUCUCUUCUAAACAAA